UUUGAUAAAAAAAUAAACAAAGAAAAAGAAAAUAAAUUUAAAAUUGGAAUUUGCAAGUGCACCGCCACCGCGUUCGGUUCGGUAAUAGUCGUGGUGUCUGAUUUCAUUAUUUCGUUUCGACUUUCGAUAAUCAAAUAUUGGUCACGGCGAAGGAUUAUUGUAUUUUGAUUUUUUGUGUUAGUGUUCAAAAUGCAACGUUAACAUUGAACGUCUCAAAUUAAAUUUAAAUUAAUCUGCGGUGUUAUUACGACUGUUUAUGAGAUAAAAUCUGUGGAUGUCUCAUGUCUUGCUCAAUCUCAGUGUAGAUUAGUACGUCUAGAGAGCAGUGUGUGAUUAAUUGAGUAAACCGAUUGGCGAAAUAAAACCACAAACUAAAAAGUACGUAUUAGUGAAAAACGAUUUAAACCUGUUCGAUUUUUAAAAUUUAAAAAGUUCUAAGGAUAUAAUAACAAUGGCGAGUUCCAGUGGCGUGUUGGCGGCAAGCUUUUUGCCGGAAUACCUAAAUGGUUUUGUGGAAGAAUUAGAUGAACAUCCGUGGUUAUUUGCGGCUCUCGCAUCAAUGCUCGUUGGUUUAAGUGGUAUCCUGCCUCUACUGAUCAUACCGAUAGACGAGACAGCAUCCUUCAAAGACGGCGCCAGUGCAGCAACGCUUCGAAUUCUGCUCAGCUUCGCUGUGGGAGGGCUACUUGGUGACGUUUUCCUUCACCUGCUGCCCGAAGCGUGGCAACAUGACCUCGCUAGUACAAAAGAUGGUGAACACGUCUCUAUGAAAUGCGGCCUCUGGUGCUUAUUCGGGAUGCUGGUCUUCAUAGUGGUGGAGAAACUCUUCGCUGGUGCAGAAGAAGAAGAACCCCCCAAAAUGAACGGCAGCGUUGACCACAUAGAGAUAGAAGACAUAGAGAAGCUUCUAGAAGAAGAGAGAAAAACCAGAGGCAAAGGGAAGGGUGAAGGGAUAUGCAGUGGGAACGGCGCCCCGGCGGCCAAGCAGUUGUAUGAUACGUGUGUCUUCAAUAAUAAUACAAAAGGUGCAGCGAUAUGUUGCAGUGCUAUAACAACCCAGAACGGUACAGUCCGCUGCAAGGGUAACCGCUGGAUGGGCCGCUGUUUGCUGCGGGAGGCGAAGGAGAAGGCGCUAAAGGCUUCCAAGGAGAAGAGCGAGAAGAAAGAUGUAGCAGGCUACUUGAACUUGAUGGCUAACUCUAUAGACAACUUCACUCACGGCUUGGCUGUGGGCGGUUCCUUCCUCGUCGGCUUCCGAGUGGGGUUACUGACCACCUUCGCUAUUCUGGUGCACGAAAUCCCACACGAAGUUGGUGAUUUUGCGAUACUCCUCAAAAGUGGCUUCUCGCGAUGGGAGGCGGCCAAAGCUCAACUGGCGACCGCGUCAGCUGGUCUGAUAGGCGCCAUGACAGCUGUCAUAUUCAGUGGCGCCAGGAAUGCUAUAGAGGCCAAAACCUCCUGGAUAGUGCCGUUCACAGCGGGAGGCUUUCUACACAUCGCACUAGUGACAGUGUUGCCUGAUUUGCUCAGAGAAGAAGACAAAAUGGAGUCGCUCAAACACCUCGCCGCUUUAAUAUCCGGCAUAGUUGUCAUGGCGCUCAUGACACAGUACUUUGGAUAGUCAGGUAAGAAAGAACUUUGGAUAGUCAGGUAAGAAAGAACUUUGGAUAGUCAGAUAAGAAAGAACUUUGGAUAGUCAGGUAAGAAAGAAAGAAUCAAAGAAUGUUAGUCUAUGAUCCAGCAUUAGAAAGGAGAUGGUCCAAAAUUGUAUGGAGCCCAGGAUCAGUUAUUGUACCCUAGCGGAAAUAAAAGAAGAUAUUUUUUUAACUUUUUUUGAUUAUACAAAUUUACGAAUUUAAUUUAAUUCUUUCGAAAUAAUAUUCAUUAUCUCCCAAGAAAUGCAAUAUUAAUAAAGGUAAUAAUGGCGGUUUAAUGACGUUUUCAAUGCAGUAAUCGAUUUGACGUUUGCUGUCAAUUGUCAUGUCAUAGUUGCUCUAUCGACGCCAUCUUGAUAUAACUCAAAAACUUGGAAUUUUAUUUUAUUUAUUUCUUUUUAUUUAGUGAGAUUUAUUCACUUGAAUAAAUUUUAAUGAAAUCCUUGUAUUUUUUUAAUUUUAAUGUUACGGGGUACAAGAGUGAACCUGAAAUGGACCAUCUCCUUUAGACCCUCUGUUGAAGGGGAUGUAUUUCUUUUGAAAUUGAAGGGGAGGUAAAAAGAAUACAAAAAGUGUAAUUAGGAAGACAAUAUGUUUAUAUUACUAGCAUAAGCCUGCGGUUUUGCUCAAUCAAUUUUUUUCAAUUCAAAUCGAAAUAUAUCAGGCGAUAUUUUUUUUUAGUAAAUCAUGUCUUUUUGUGUAACUUGCCUAGGUUUAUGAAUAUUUCACGAUAUUACAGAAGGGUUUGCGUGAAAGUGUAUCCAAUUUUAUAGUUAUCAAUCUUACGCAUUUAUUUACUUGAGAUUAUAUCAAAUGCCUGCCACUCGGUAUUGGAGUGGUGUGGUGGGUCUAGAGACAGACUACAGUGGCUCUGCAGUGGUCCGUGAAAAAUUUACUAAUAAAAUGUUAUUUUGUCUGUGGUAACCCCGAUUCAAAAGAAAUUUACUCUAAGAGUCAGUAACUUUAUUUACCUCCACUAAUUAGUCAAAUAUAUUACGUAAAAUGUGGUUAUUUAAUAUAAUGUAACGUAAAAUAAACUAUACAAUAAAAUACACACCUAGAUUUAAUAAUGUUUAUUUUUUUUCUAUUAUACACGUUGACCUCUUAUAAUAAAUGGACGCACAAUCAUGUAUAAAAUUUCACUUGAAACUGGCCAAUUUUGCUUUGACAAUUUUAGAAUUAUUGGUAAAGAAAACUAUACCUAAAGGCCUUUCAAUAUAGUCCAAUAUUCAACAAAAUCCCAAAUAUAGAGCAAAUGGAUUUAUUAAGCAUUGAGUUUAAGGUUGAAUUUGCAAAUGCGACGAAUUGAGUGCCAAAAAAUUGUGUUACUUGCUCACUGAGUGGGGACGUUUUUUGGUCGCUGAUUGUGCAUCCAUUUUUUAAUAUGAGAUCGAUGAUUGUACAAGGAAUGUUUUUAAUUCCUUUAUACAAAUAGUAUGUACAAAAGUUUUAUUGGCUUAAAGUUAGAAAACAUGAUCAUGUUUUAAUAUAUUAAGUUAUUCAUUAAUUAUGUUUCAAAAAGUUUCUGUAAAGAUCAAAUAAAGUCAUUAUAGAUUGCAUAGUCGCUUACUAAGCGUGUUCUAUAAAAUUGUCAACUGAUUAUAUAAAUAUCGAUUUCUUGGCCAAUUGGCCUCAUGAAUUUUCCUUAAGUGUCCUAACUUAUCUAUCAAAUCAUCUAUAUAAUGGACUCCUUUCUGGCUAGAUCGGUUCACCUAUAUGCCAUACAAUAUGUAAAUAAAUUGUAAAUAUACGUACAUAUUAAGUGUAUCCAAAUUAGUUAAUAGUACAAAAAUAUAAAUAUCAUAUUACGUUUGUUUUCAUUUAUAAUUUGUUAACAUAUGUACAGAUUUUUUUUUACAAAGAUGCACAAUAUUUACUGGUCAUUAAUCAAAUACGUGUAAAAAAAAAUAUAUUGUAGACGUAAUAAUUUGUUUAAAAUAUUUUCAUUCAUACUUUUCUAGUAUGUUAGAUUAUUAUUAUUAUUAAAAGAAUAUAAGAACAAAAAUAUAGGAAAAAAAAUUGCAAGUAAGAAAAGUGAGAACCUUAAAGGUUUAUCUGAAAAUGUAAGUAAGAUUGUCAGUGUCACAGUAAUUAAGUUAAGGAAAGUUUAAAGCCGGAUUUAUAUUUGUCUGACGUGUCGUCACGCAUCAGAACAGAAUCGGUAUCAUACUCAGACCAAUUAUUGUAUAGGACCUGCCUCCCUAGACGUUACUUUUCUAUCAAAGUAUAUGAUCAACGAUCUAAUGCGAUUAUAAAAACUGUCUCUAUAGAAUCGAUGUUAAAUAGUUGUAAUCGUGUUCGUCGGUUAAAGAGCUCCGUAAAAAUACCUUUUUGUGCAAUUGAAUUGUGUAAAAAACGGGCAAGAACUUCUAGUUUAGUAUAAGAUAUAUACAAAAUCUAAGCUCGUUUUCUUCAGAAAAUGACAGACAAUUUUGUUCGUGACUAUGAGUGCGAUACAGGUCCUUCUAUAAUUGGUCUGAGGUAUUAUAUCACGACAUGUCACAACACAUAAGUGUAAACGUUGCCAUACAAAAUGUUUGAUACCGAUUCUGUUCUGACGCGUCACGACACGACACGUCAGAUAAAUAUAAAUCCGGCUUUAGUUGAUAUACUAUACAGGAUGCUCGAGAGAAUUUCCCGUUACUCUGGGGUUAUAUAUAUAUUCUUUAUCGAAAAUUAAUUAAAAAUAUUCAAGUAACAUGUGUUCCAAAAUUAAUGUUUUCGGGGUAAAUAAUAUUUAUUUUGUAAAUAGAUCUUAAAAUGUGUCCCUCAUACGCACCCUUAUAAUUAUGACGUAGUCAAGUUUUACGUAUUUUUAAAAUGCAAGGAUAGAUAAAGGCGUGUGUUACAUGGAUAGUCAGAAUUAUUUGAAUUACUUUGUUUGAAUACAUAAAAGUUUUAUUUUUUAGUUAAAAAUAUAUUAGUUAUGCAGUUCGGCUCCUAUAAGUGGAGUCGUCAACACCUUGAAGUUAUGGGAAAUACUCCCAAACACCCUGUAUAUGGUGAUAUAAACAGCGAAGAAAAAUUUAGACCAGUCAAAACGCCAUAUUUAUCAUCACAUUUAUUGUACAAAACAAUGCUCAUGGCCAGUGAACAUAGUUAUUAUUGUAGUCGGAUGCAAAAAACAGAUUAUACAAAAAACAGAUUAUACAAAAUCUUUAUCGCGCGUGUGGUGAUGCCCUGUCGCCGCUGCCCUGCGUAACCGGUGAUACCUAAAAUCUUGUACUACACAACUAACCGCACGAUGUUCGGAGAGUGGAUUUCCCCCUACUCCUAUCUUAGAUUGCAUCAUCACUUAUCAUCAGGUGAGAUUGUAGUCAAGGGCUAACUUGUAGAGAAUAAAAAAAAACGUCAAUAGUAUCCGACUAUACUUUACUUUUACACAUGUCGCAUUUUUGACAACUAAGUAAAAAUUAUCAAAUGACACACACUAAUUUGACAAUUUUAAAAGUAUUGUAUUGUAAUAAAUCUGUCAAAUGAGUGUAAUUCUAAUUUGUCAGAUUUAUUAAUAGUAUGCAAUACUUUGCAUGCUAUUAAUAGUGUAAUUCUAAUUUGACAGGUUUAUUAAUAGCAUGCAGCACUUUGCAUACUAUUAAUAGUGUAAUUCUAAUUUGACAGGUUUAUUAAUAGCAUGCAACACUUUGCAUGCUAUUAAUAGUGUAAUUCUAAUUUGACAGGUUUAUUAAUAGCAUGCAGCACUUUGCAUACUAUUAAUAGUGUAAUUCUAAUUUGACAGGUUUAUUAAUAGCAUGCAACACUUUGCAUGCUAUUAAUAGUGUAAUUCUAAUUUGACAGGUUUAUUAAUAGCAUGCAGCACUUUGCAUACUAUUAAUAGUGUAAUUUUAAUUUGACAGGUUUAUUAAUAGCAUGCAAUACUUUGUAUACUAUUAAUAGCAUGCAAUACUUUGCAUACUAUUAAUAAAUCUGGCGAAUUAAAAUUACACUCAUUUGACAGAUUUAUUAAUACAAUACUGUUAAAAUUUUCACUAAUUUAACAGUUUUAAAAGUAUUUAAAACUGUCAAAUUAGUGUGUACACUAAUUAACUUUUAGAAUCUUCAAAUUUUCCUUGAAAACUAUGAGUGGUUUAUACAACGUACCAUACCAAAGAUAUAUCAUAUAUACGAGUAUCUAUUAAUAUAAUCUAUUAAGAUAAGAAUAAGUCAACAUGACAGAUUAUUGUCUUUGCUGUUUAUAUCUACACUUAAAUUUUUUUUAAUUUUAUUCAUUAAAUUCCAAGCAUUUUUUGUUAUAAGUGUUUAUAUUUUUCGAUAAUCAUGUAGUCUUUUACUAUACAUUCGUAGUUUUAUAAAAAAGUGUGAUAGUAUGGCCAUUUAUAAGUAUUUUAGUAUUUAGUGUGAACAUAUAAUUAUACGAAAAAAUGUUGAACUAAUAAAUGUGUACAAAAAUUCUAA